GUUGUUACAAAAGAGGGAGUGCUGCUUGUGCUCACUGCUGACUCAUUGAGGUGACGGUCUAACAAAGAAAAGAAAUGGCACAGGAUUAUGUGGACAGUAAAAUCUAUCCAAAUAAGGUGGUCCUUUUCAUCAAAAAAGGCUGCCCUUUUUGUGUAACAGCGCGGAAUGUACUUGAAGCGUAUGAUUUCAAGGAAGAUCGGCUGCAGAUCUACGAUAUUAGUGGCCAUUCCGAAAUGAAAGCUAUCCAGGAUUACCUUGAAAAGAUAACCGGAGCCAGAACAGUGCCACGUGUGUUCAUUGGGACAGAAUGUGUCGGAGGUGGCUCGGAUGUUGCUGAGUUGGAAAAGGCUGGAUUGCUGAAGGGCAAACUGAAUGCCAUUGGUGCUAUAUAACCCUUGCCUUUGAUAGGUAUUCAAGAUCUGGCUGAUGGUCUGUUACAUGAGGAUACAACGAGAUCUCCCAGAAUGAAUGCGGUGCCUGUAUUCAGUCAACUCCUGCAAGUAGGAACUUGAAGGCCACCUAUGAUUUUCUACAAAUGCUUGUUCGUCCUCUGCAAAUAAACAAUAAAAAAUUGACCAUGAAUAA